AUGGCGUGGCUGUCAGUGCUUCCUGCUAUUACUUUCUUGGCUGUUAUCUGCCUGGUUGCUGAUAGCAACGAAGCCAGAACUCUCGAACUUGUUAAUCUGGUUUAUCGUCAUGGUGCCCGAGCUCCUGGUUAUGUUUACCCAACCGAUCCAAAUACAUUGGACACCUGGCCUCAAGGGGCAUCUCAGCUCACACAGAAUGGUAUGAGGAUGCAGUACUCGCUUGGUGCCUUCUUACGUAACCGUUACAUGUUCAACACCUCUCUCCUGAACAACACCUACUACCGCAGAGAGCAAUUUUACGCUAGAAGUUCAGACACAGAUAGGACGCUGAUGUCUGCCGAGACCAAUUUAGCUGCCCUGUUCCCACCUUAUGAUUUUCAAAGGUGGAAUAAGACAUUACUAUGGCAACCAAUUCCAGUGCAUACAUUACCGAUUGAAGAUGACACGCUUUUAAGACAGUUUGACUAUGAUUGUCAGCAAUGGAAUGAUUUAUAUGAAGACUUUCUGGCAAGCGAGGAGCAUGCUCAGAUGAAAGCUAACUAUUCUGAAUUCGUAGAGUUCGUCGGUAAUGAGACUGGACUGUACUCAAACUUGACAUUUGACAACAUUGGUCUUGUGAAUGAUGUCAUUGUAUGUGAAGAAGCUGACAAUCGGACUAUUGCAGACUGGAUUGGCAACAACACAAGAGAAACAUUACAGUACCUUGCAGAUUACAAUAUGUAUAGCUAUUAUUCAACGCCUGAAAUGGCAAAAUUGAAAGGAGGUAUGAUUGUUGGAAAGUUUGUGGAGAAUAUGAAGAAUAAGACGAGGGGUGAUCUUCUCCCAGAUAACAAAUACCGAAUGAUGAUGUAUUCUGCUCAUGACAUUACAAUAGCUGGUAUGAUGUCUGCUAUGAAUAUUUCUAAUGGUCGGAUACCACCGUUUGCAUCAUGUCUUAUGUUUGAACUCUACCUAGAGGAGGAUGGGAAUUACACUGUGGAAAUCUACUAUCGAAAUGAUUCAAGUAAAUCUCCUUACCCUAUCACUGUACCGAAUUGUGACUUUGCGUGUCCAUUUGAUACUUUUGUGAACUUGACACGUGAUGAUUAUCUGGAUGAUCUUUAUCGUGCAUGUGAAAAUGGACAGAUAUCAAAAACAUUCAGACUAGCCUUGAUAAUUGGCGUGUCAGCAGCGGGAGCUUUCCUACUGGUUAUUAUCUGCGUCCUGGUCUGUAAGAAAUUCUGCAAGUGUUGUAAAAGGGGCCCCUACACAGUACAACAUGAUGACUAUGGGUAUGCUUGACUGAACAGUGAACAGUUAGAAAUUUUGUUAGACGAAAUCAGUUAAAUAAUUUAUAGCCUAGAAUUUCUGCAAUGGUCCACUUGUUACACGCCAUGCCACCAACACUUAGUUAGGUGUUGCACUGGUGGCAAUGUAGUCUUAGUUGUGGAAAGAAAAAUGACUUAGAAUCUAGUUGGUGUUCCGGUCACUAUACCCCACUUCUUUAUUGUCUAGAAUCUAUGCAACCGUUAAUUCACUAUAUAUCAUUUUGCUAAUGCCUAGAAUCCAUUUGGUAUAUCACUCACUAUAACGUUUUUGCUCUAUUAGUUGCGCAUUCACUUGUGUAAAUUGCAGAGGUGUUAUAUGGUCAAAAUAAGUCAAAUUUUAAUGACUACACAGCAACAAAUGUGAACUUCGAUACAAGAUGCGCUUCUAAUAGAGCAAAUAUGGUAUGGCAAAACAUGGACUGUAUAUGGCAUACUACUCGCUACAUACCAUUCCUCUAAUGCCUAAAAUUAGACUCAUCUGCAAAACACAAUUAAGUGUGUAUUCAACUCUACGCUACUCUGAGCUCAGGUUUGUUUUCAUUUAUGCAAACCUUACGCACUACGAAAUACCAUACACAGUCUCAGGAAAUGAAUUACUUCAUAUUCGGAAAGUAAAUGCUGUAUUCUGCAUUAGAAAUUCCCCAUGAUAAUGCAACCUAUGAUGAUCUACAUAAAUCUACCUUACUUCUAGUUGACAACAUUUGUAUUUAGGCAAGGAUAUUUAAAUUGAAUCUCUGGCAACAAUAAGGUGUAUAGGCUUCAUAGCAAGGAAUUAGUGAAGUGGUGCAUGGAUGGCAGAAAUUCUAAGGUAAAUAAUUUAUUACACCCCCACUGGACAAAUUUGUUAUGUUAUUAAAAUAAUGCUAUUAUUUUAUUUUAC